AUGGCGACGAUUAUUAGCAAGGCGAAGCCGUCCCUGGAUGUGUACAAGCAGAGUUUUCGCGAGUAUCUGCACGAGACCGACGCCGUGAAGGAUGAGACGGAGUUAGAGCAGCUCAUGAAGCUGCUACACGAACCUCUUCCAGUGUCCUUCCGACUCAACCUGCACCGUCCUGACGCUUCAAGACUGAAGGAGAUGCUGGCCACCAAGUUCCAAUUCCCGAGCGACAAGUAUUUCCACGGAGAAGUCCCCGUGAACCCGCCCAAACCAAUCGCGUGGUAUCCGCUAGAAAAGGUGGCGUGGCAAAUGGACUGUGGACGUGUGGCGCUCUCGAAAAGUGCUCCGAAACACGAGGAUGUGCGUGCGUUCCAUUCGUGUUUAUUGGAGCAGACGGACCGUGGCAAUAUCGACCGUCAGGAGGCUGUGAGCAUGUUACCAGUAUUGUUUCUGGACGUGCAGCGUAGCCACCGCGUGCUCGAUAUGUGUGCUUCACCCGGUUCAAAGACGACGCAAGUAAUCGACUUUUUGCUCUCGACUGAGAACGGGGACAAUGGCGAACAGAGUGGCCUAGUGAUUGCCAACGACCUGGACAAAAAGCGAGCGUAUAUGCUGGUGCAUCGUCUGUCUCGCAACACGCUACGUCGCGCAGUGGUAACGUGUGGCGCUGGCGAUACAUUCCCAGGUCUGUACGAUGCCAAGACGAAGACUCUACAGCCCACCAACGUGUUCGACCGCGUGUUGUGUGACGUUCCUUGCAGUGGCGACGGUACUCUCCGCAAGAACCAGACGUUGUGGAAGGAAUGGCACAUUGGUCAAGGUCUUACGUUGCACCCGACUCAACUGGCGUUGGCACUUCGAGGUGCUGCGUUGCUUAGAGUAAACGGGAUUAUGGUCUACUCGACAUGUUCGUUCAAUCCUGUCGAGAACGAGGCUGUUGUGGCGGAACUUCUGCGUCGUGCUGGUGGAUCAUUGGAGCUACUGGAUGUGUCGAACAAGAUGCCGGGGCUGAUUGCACGUCCUGGUCGAUCAAAGUGGCGUGUGGGUUGGCGCUCCAAGUCCAAGUCGACCCACAAGGGUCAUUUGUUUAAGGAGGACAAGCACGAAGACGACCAGAGUCUGCACCAAUGGUUUGACAGCUAUGAGGCGCUGACACAGGAGCUCCGUGGUAGUCGUGUUACUCGAUCCAUGUUCCCUACUGAGGGUGUCAUUGCUGACGAGCUUCACAAGACACUUCGAUUGAUCCCAACGGACCAGAACUCGGGUGGGUUUUUCAUCGCUGUAUUGCGUAAAGUGGGUGAUUUACCGGGUGAAAACGGUCUUCAGGAAGGACUUUCUCCACUGGAUGAACUGGAAGCCACCCCCCCGGCUGACUACAUUUGCAAGCUCUGUAAUAAGGGAGGCCACUUUCUAAAGAACUGCGAGAAAUAUCUGCCGGGUACCGAGUUUUCAGAUUCGAAUAAUUCGUCCAAGCCACAGACGAAGAAACGUCGUACAGAGGAGACGACGAAGAGCGAAGGGAAGAAGAAGGAGAAGACGCGCGAGACGCUCUACCGUCCUGUGAACGACGAGGUGUGGCAACAACUGCGUGGAUUUUACGGUCUCGAGGAUGAGACGCUUAAGGACCGCUUCUGGUGUCGCUCUGACACUGCAGCCACUGUGAACUACGUGGACAAGGAGAUUUCGGACGCUUGCUUAGGUGGUGACGCUCUUGAUAUCGUCAACACGGGCCUUAAGGUCUUCACCAAGGUGACGGAGCGUGGCGACGUUUUCUAUCGUCCGUCAGAGGAGAGUCUCGGCUUCUUUGACGAAUUUUUUACCAAGCGACGACUAGACAUUCCCAUGACUGACUUCUCCAACCUCAUCAAGAACGCGGAGCAGCAUGUUGCAUUCGACACGCUGUCGUCGGGUCUGCAGAAGACACUGGAAGGUUUGGCCAUUGGUCCUGCGGUUGUCCGAGUCCAGACACACGCACAAGUCCGCAUGAACAUUUGGGUGGGCAAAGGUUCCAUCCUGCCGCGUGUGUCCAAGGCCAUGCGUGGAGAGGUCGAAGAUGCGCUCCACCGGUGCUCGGACAACUAGAUAAUACCUCACAGUGUCUCUCUUGCCGCCCCUGCACGCAUUCCGCGUACAAGAAAAUAGAACGAGUCUCUUUUGCCGGCUA